GCGUCGCAGAUCGAUGGCCAGUCGGUUUGGUAUUGAUAAUUGAUCUGAUGAAGCUUCGGUGACUGAUGACCUGCGCUCUGGGAGGACUUUGGUUUUGUUCCUUCCUGUCUAAUGGGCCAGUUACGGUUCCGGUCCGUCAUGGUCCGACCGGAAAUCUGAACUGAUAAACAGAAGCUGAUCGAUGCGCGCGGAGCUGAAUGAGAGGAUUGAUCAGCAAUGGAGGACCGGGUCUCCGAGCCCAGCCUGGUUCUGGUCUUCAGCGGGAAGAGGAAGUCCGGAAAAGAUUACGUGGCGGAGCUGAUCCAGAAGAGGUUGGGCUCUGACGUCUGCUGCAUCCUGCGCCUGUCUGGACCCCUAAAGGAGCAGUAUGCUCAGGAACACGGUCUGGACCUGGACCAGUUGAUGGGUCCUGGACCUUAUAAGGAGCAGUAUCGAGCUGACAUGAUUCGCUGGGGAGAAUCUCGCCGCCGCCAGGACCCCGGCUUCUUCUGUCGCCUGGCGAGCAGAGGAGCCUGCCAACCAGUGUGGGUGGUGAGCGACGCGCGGCGGCUCUCGGACCUGCAGUGGUUCCAGGCAGAGUUUCCUCAACAGACUCAAAGUGUCAGAGUUCAAAGUUCAGAGAAGACCAGGUCACAGAGGGGGUGGAGCUUCACUGCAGGUGUCGACGAUGCAGAGUCGGAGUGCGGUCUGGACAACGGAGUUGAAUUUGAUUGGAUUGUAAUUAAUGAAGCCGACGCCCCCUCGUUGGACAAGCAGCUGCGUCCAAUCUUGCAGCUUGCUGAGGAAGCAGCUUCAACAUCAUCAUCAUCAUCAUCAGUAAAUCAAAGCUGAUCAUCAGUGACUGAUCAGGUGGUCCCGCCCACAGAACUAACAGGUUGACCUAACCUGCAGCUCAGGUGUUUCAGAGCAGCUGCUGCAGGUGGUCCGGCAUGUUUAAAGAAGGGAGGACGGCAUGCUUUCAGCAGGAUGAACUACAAAACUUUAUUGUUCAGCUGAUCAAUAAAGUUUUAUUUAACACCU